UCGAGAUGGUGCUUAAGACGUCGGUGUUAGUUAUCUUACUGUGCUCCUCCGUCAUCUUAGCGGCCGAUGCCGACAAAAGCAAUGAAGUGCCCGCCGCCAAAAAGGACUCGAGUGACAAAAGUGAAUUCAAAAAGUCCAUCUCGAGGGACUGUGCGAACACCUAUACGGCCACAUGCCUGAAGCUGGAUAUCGUCUCCUGGGUGGACAAGCUGAACGAAAACGACGAUUACAGUGUUAUCCCAGGAGUUAGCGUGGUGCGGGAGAACGGAAGUGCCCGAGCGAAUACAGCCGACAUGGUCGCCGAACUGGCCCGGGACUUCCCCAACGACCCCAGCGCUCGCUUGGACGCGUUCAUGGUCAAAAAGAUCACCUCCUACUUGAACAGCCACUCGGUGCGACUAAACUUGUUCAACGCCGUUGACACCCAGAUCGAGGAGGCGAGAGGCGGCGGCGGCGGCGGCGGUAUGGGAGGUGGGGGCGGCGGCAUGGGCGGCGGCGGCGGCAACAAAGGCGGCGGUGGCGGCGGCGGCGGCGGCGGUAUGGGAUACAUACUCGCAGCAGGUGGUAUGAUGAAGGCUAUGUUGCUAACCCUAGCUCUUGGUGGUAUAGCCGCCAUAGCCGGUAAGGCUCUAAUGGCAGGUUUAAUUUCGCUCGUGUUGUCGGCCAUCAUUGGUCUUAAGUCGCUGCAUGGAGGACACAAGCAGACCACCUACGAAAUCGUCUCCAAACCGGUGUAUUCUCACUCCCAGUCUCACUCAGUUUCCCAUGAGGAUCAUGGAGGGCAUUAUGGGCAUUCCUCCUAUGGUAGAAGCUUUGAUACCGCGCCGUUACCUCUGGGCCUUCAACCAGAUUACAAACCUAAAUAA